AUGUCUUCCACACCCGAGAAGCUUUACGCCAAAGUGGGAAUCCUGCUCUUCUCAGGGGCCGAUCUUCUCGAUUUCGCAGGCCCAGUGGAGGUGUUGUCCCAUGUCCUACAUAAUCGAAACCCGGAUGAUCCCGAUCCAAUGUUUACAAUUGAAACCAUGGCUCGGACAUCCACCACCCGCUCCAACAGUUCUUUGACCGUGAAAGUUGACAAACUGCUGGAAGAUGCGGUGAAAGACCUGACCGAAUAUGAUAUUCUGGUAGUCCCAGGUGGUCCACCGUCUGUGAUUCAACCCCUUCUUGAGGAAGGUUCCGCAGAAGUGGAUUUAAUCCGCAAAUUCGCCACUUUGCCCCUGCCAUCAUCUCAGAAACCCCGAAUUCUGUUCUCCGUCUGCACUGGCGCUUUUCUUCUUGGUGGUGCGGGAAUUCUUGCAGGUAUGACGGUGACCACUCAUCAUCGCGCCGUUGACGUGCUUCGGGAAAUAUGUGCUAGGUUCAACGACAAGAAUCAUCCUCCGACAGCUGUUAUGCAUAAGCGCUACAUUAACGGAGGUUAUUUGCCAGGGGAGUCUGUGUCCCUCCUUACCGCUGGCGGUGUGAGCUCGGGUCUCGAUGCCACGUUCCAUGUCGUGCGUGAGCUGGCCGGUGCCGACAUGGCUGCUUUUGUGUCUCGAUUGAUGGAAUAUGACUGGACUGAGCUUAAGAAGUGA